GGACGCGGUAGCCGCGUAUUGUCGCUCAAGAGUCAAAGCCUCUCUUUCUUGAUGGGCCUUCCCCAGGAUUUGAAUCCAGAGGUAGAGGUCAUCGAAUGCUCUGAUGAUGAUUGCGAGCUGUCGUCGCUUUUCCCAGUGGCAAUCUGACUCAGUGCCACUUCUCAGUGCCGACCUAAGGCUUACCCAGCUUUUGGAGCAGAGUAUGGAGGAACUUUGCGAAUCCCAGGUGGAAGUGCCUGAAUGUUUCACGCCGGAGAAGCUGAAACAAGAGGCUGCGCUUCCGCACAUGCAGUCCACACCGACUCUGCCGUCUGCUUUCAGAAUACCAGAGAAUCGAGGUCGGUGUUCUGUUUUGACGUGCAAGCGGCCUGCAGCUGAACUGGUGGAGUCGUUGGAUCUAUCCUGGGAGGCCGUGUGGCCACAGCUCGAGGCUCAAGGAUGGCGUGUGGAGCACGGGCCCCGAGGAGCAUCACGCCAGGUCUACUAUAUGCCCCCGGGAGUGUUUCGAGGCCCAGGCCGAAAGAAUCGGAUUGACUACUUUGACUCCAAGAAGCUGGUGUUGCAGCUGUGUUAUGCUAGCAUGGAUCUCACCAGCUUCAAACGGCAAAAGCUGUUGUUGUGAUAGGCUCUCGCCUGCGGUAGUUUUCACUGUGAAAUUUUGAAGAAAUCAUUUUUUUGGAAUGUUGGGAGCAGAAUGUCCUGCUUGCACGCGAAUUGGAUGGGACCGGCCGAAAGAGACAGGGAA